CUCUUACUUACGUCAUGUGUGAUAUUAGACGAAUAAUAUAGACGAAACACUGAUUCCCUGAGUCAAUCAUACGCAAACCGUCAUUAAAAUACGUUUUAAGACGCGAAUGCCUUUUUCUGUCUUACACUGGGACUUUUAUUAUGACGUGUCAGCAGGAUAUUGGUUGUUUUUCGGUCUCUUAUUACCGGAGUUUUCAUUGAACCUGCGAGCAGUAAGAGAGAGGCAAACGGGUUCCCGCAUCCAUUGUUAUUUUACUUUCAUUUUUUUACCGGAUGACCACAACGCAUCUCUGAACGGGACGCCCAACGCGGACUACCCACCAUGUCUUCCGAGGAGGAGAGGGGGGUAGUUCGUGUUCAGGUCAAGGUGAGAAAUUGUGGGGACCGAGCGGCAGGUAACGUUACAAACCCCAAUCACACACACACAGAGAGAGAGAGAGAGAGACACAGCAGACCAGGAGACAGUGUCUGGUGUCCGUGACGUGGAGCUGCUCUUCAUGUGCAUCGCUUGAUUCGCUGGCAUCUUUGUUGUUUACAAAUCGUGAUCGUAUUAAUCAUUCGUUUAAAGGGCAUACGUGCAUUCUUUGAAGUUGUGUAAUAAUUGUACUGCUUUAAUACUUAUGUGACAUACUUUUUGUAGAAAUAUAAUUAUUUGUUGUUAAAAUUAAUAUAUGUUUUAGAUGAUUUUGUUGUAGUUUUUCGACAUAUAUACGUUGAUCAUAUACAAAUUGGUCGUUAUCAUUCUGUACUGCUAUAACCAUAGUAAUACUGUAUGUAUAUUUAUUUGUGAAGCCACGUCGUAAAGAAAAAACUCUCAUGUACCGCUGACCUGAUAGUGAGUCAUGUCUGCUCUCAAGUGUCACAUGAUCAUCAACCUGCCAUGAACUCCCUAGCUUGUUUUUCAGUCGUUUCUCAGAUGUUCAGACUGCUUUAAUGAAUACGAACAGCAGUGUAUCUGCUUUUUGAAAACCAUGUAAGUAUUAUUUCAGAUCCAGGCCUAAUAGAUCCGCCAUGAAUGAUAAAUCAUAAAUGGCACUUAAAAUGUUUGCCCAUUUUCUCUUCGGACAAAACGUUGGGUCUCUUAAUUUUAGUUUAAUUACAGUGAACUUUUGAUUAAUCAGUAAACUACACUGCCAUGAGACUAAUUUUUAUGUCAACUCGGUCACACAGCUUGUAAAUAAAUAUAUAUAUAUUUUUUUAGAUAAUUUUCAGAAAAGUGACCAACAAAAUGCGAUUUGAUAUAUAUGAAAUGACUGACUGUGAAUGCUUGAAAAUAUUGAGCUGCCUUGUAUCCUCAAUUCAAUAAAUUUGUCAUCAUUUAUGCCACAUAGCUUCUUUAUCUCACAGUGUUGAUCCCUAAUGGAACAGUUCAUAAACUGUUCAUUUUAAUUAACUAAACCAAAGCUAAAGUUACACUAAAUAUAAUUAUUAGAGUAAACUUGGUACUAGUGUUUUUAAAAGUACUAGAAUUAAACUGAAAUGAAUGUAAAUAACAUUUUGUUAAAAAAAAACUAAUAAAAUAAAAAAACAAAAACAUACAAAAGUAAAAUAUAAAAAACGGAAUAUAUACAAAUAAAAUAAUUUAAUAUAUUAAUAAAUGCUAUGAUAGUAAAUAAGAAAUACUGAACUAACAAUUGAACCACAUUUUGGCAAGGGAGAAAAAAGCUGGAGCUGCACCUACACAUGAGUAUGUGAAAUAUUUCUAAACAUUUUGAUACAUUUUAAAAUACUCCUUGAAUAAGUUUUAUAUCUUGUUUUUUUUUUCCCAGCACCCAAGCAUCAGUAACAAAUGAUACCAAAAUCACAAGGUUUUGAACAAUAAAUACAUUUCAGUCCAGUGUGAACCUUGACAGAUGUGUGCUCUGCUUGGGACAGAUGACCUUGUAGUGCUGUGUUUUGCAGGUGUUUUAGCAUGUGUUGGUAAAGUUCAAAGUAAUCUUUACAGCCAGAGUCUGUUUCCCAUGCUUGGUUGCAACAUCAACAGAGACUCAACAGGCAGUAAAUCCACCUGAAUAAAUGUGUCACCUGAUUAGAAGUGUGAAGGGGUGUUACCGCCGGAGUUUCGCUCCUUUGCUGUUGAUCCUCAAAUAACCUCACUGGAGGUGUUGCAGCAUAUCUUGAUACGAGCAUUUGAGCUGAAUGGAAAACGCAACUUUGGGAUAAGUUACCUGUCCCGUGACCAAGGAGGUGUGGAGGUCUACGUGUCUCUGCUGUCUGACUGGGAUUUAGAUGCAGCAUUUGUCAGUGCUGCAAAGCCCUUUCUCCAACUCAAGAUGGACAUCAGACCAUCAGAGGACAGUCCUGUUUUGGAGGACUGGGACAUAAUCAGUCCUAAGGAUGUGAUUGGCUCAGACCAGCUGCAGGGAGAGAAGAGGUCGUUGGCAUCUGCCGCACUUCCUUUCACACAGUCGCUGCUCUCCCAGGUGGGUCGCACUCUAUCGCGUGUGCAGCAGGCCUUGAGUUGGUCCUAUGGGGAGGAGGUGAAACCAUUCAAGCCUCCCUUAAAUGAUGCUGAGUUCCACAGUUACCUGAACAGCCAAGGUCAACUGACCCGACCAGAGGACCUUAGACUUCGUAUAUACCAUGGUGGGGUUGAGCCAUCCUUACGCAAGGUUGUUUGGCGAUACCUCCUUAAUGUGUACCCAGAUGGUCUCACAGGACAAGAGAGAAUGGACUACAUGAAGAGGAAAACAAGAGAGUACGACCAGCUCAAGAGCGAAUGGACAGAACGGGUCAGCACAGAGGACCUGGAGUUCAUCAGGGGAAACGUUCUGAAAGAUGUUCUUCGAACAGACAGAGCACAUCCUUACUAUGCAGGAUCAGAGGACAGCCCACAUCUAACCGCCUUGACAGACAUUCUCACCACCUUUGCUAUUACACACCCACAGGUGUCUUAUUGCCAAGGCAUGAGCGACAUUGCCUCGCCAAUUCUAGCUGUCAUGGACAACGAAGCUCAUGCCUUUAUCUGCUUCUGUGGCAUUAUGAAACGUCUUGAGGGCAACUUUCGCCCUGACGGACAACUUAUGUCCAUUAAGUUCCAGCAUCUGAAGUUGCUACUGCAGUAUUCAGACCCUGAGUUUUAUGCCUACCUAGUCUCAAAAGGUGCAGACGAUCUGUUUUUCUGUUACCGCUGGCUGCUUUUGGAGCUGAAGCGUGAAUUCGCUUUUGAUGAUGCUCUGAGAAUGCUUGAGGUCACCUGGAGCUCCUUGCCACCUGAUCCACCUGAGACAGAGGUGGAGCUUCAGGGGCUACCACAUGAGCCAGAUCAGUCCAGUGGCUCACAGAAUGUCCAUCAGAAUGUGAACAUGGAGGAGAUGGAAGAGAAGCAGAAGGAAAGGCAGAGGAGACGUCACAUGCUAAGACCAUCCCGAGAGGAGGCAGAUGGGGGACGUAGCCUCAUCGUAGAGGAGGAGGAGAAGGGGCCUCGGAAGGAAGGUGAAGGAGAGUUCGGUGUAGAUGACAUGGUCAAGAAUGAUGUCACAGCUCCAGUGCCCUCCUUUGAGAAACAGGCAAGUUUUGGGGAAUUCAAGUACUAUAGUGGCCGAAGUGAGGACAGCUUUGAUAUCAAUGAAAACGAUUGCUCUGAUCCUACAUUAUCUCCAGUACAGUUUCAGUCUGCACACUCCACGUUGCCAUUCUCUGUCCGCCAGUCCACAGAGGAAAGUGAGGAUGACCCUGGAGAGCAGGAACCUCUCAUCGGUAAUCUUACGCCUUCUUCUCCAGGACAAAGAGACUCUCCCAAUGGUCAAGCUGCUUCCCCAGCAUCAUCUCUUCCUUCCGGCCUACCAAAUUGGAAGAGUAGCUCUAAUCAUUCACCGGAAGCAUCUAAUUCUCCAUCUAGCUGGAGAACGGCAUCUCCCGAUGACCUUUCAAAAUGCACAACCUCUUCCUCUAGUGGGGACAAAGCGGUGUCUCCUGAUAAACCUCCUGGGGGGUUCACGUCCUCACAAGCUGUAAUAAACGAAACUGAGGCUCAGUCCCCAUCAGUGGUCCCAGGGAAAUCUUUCCUGGCGUCUCCCUCGCAGAGUUACAAUCGUUCGCGUCUCUCUUCUCCGGUUUUAUCCUUCGGCAAAUCCCCAUCUUUGCCCAAAGCGUUUUACAGCAAUCUUCCCUCACCAUGCAGGCCCACCGCCUCUGUCAUAACCUCUCCAAACACAAACAAACCAGAAGGAGGAGGAAUGAAACCCUGCUCGCUUCCUCCUCCUCAAGAGUUUGGGAAAGGGAAUCCCUUCAUGCUUUUUCUUUGCCUGUCUAUCCUGCUGGAACAUCGUGACCACAUUGUCAAAAACAGCCUGGAUUACAAUGAGCUGGCCAUGCACUUUGACCGCCUGGUCCGUCGCCACAACCUUGGGCGUAUUCUGCAGCGAGCUAAAGCCCUCUUUGCAGACUACCUGCAGAGUGAGGUAUGGGACUCGGAGGAAGGGGAUGAAGUCAGUUUGGACUCCCCAACCACAGCAGCAACAUCCCCCCAGACACCCACCACUAGACCUCCUUUCCUCAAUGUACAGCCCUCUCAGGGUACCUUAUGGAAUUCAACAUAUAAUCUAGCCAAUACCAUUCCCUCUCCAACAACUCCUGUUGCCCUCUCUCCAUCUGAUUCCUGAUCCUGUGCAGUAUUAGAUUAUCUCGAGAAACCAGCUGUUGACCACAGUUGCAGUCACAGCACAACUUUGUGCUUUACACAUGCUUAAUGAGACUUGUGUUGUUUUAUAUCAACAACCAAAGCUUAGUGACUUUCUCAUCUCAUGAUUUUCUCCCUGUCCAUCAAGUCAAGUCCCUUUUAUUUUACUGUAUCUUUUUUAUUGCACUUUAUUGAUUGUCCUUGAAAGGGCAGGCCAGUUUGAGUCUCAUUUCACUUUGUAAAUAACACUUUUGAAAGGCACAUUACGGACAUAUAAAACAUGUUAUAGUAAUCUAACUUACCUAAAACAAAGCAACAAGAUUAUACUGUUAUGUAUGCAAAAUGUGUGCAAUCUUUAUUUCGGUAAAAAGGAUGUCAUCAGCAUCCUCUGAGGUUAUCCUGGCUCUGUUGUUGUAGGGAAGUGAACGUUUACUCAAGUAAAGAUUUUGAGAUGCUCCCUGAAAUUUAUCAUGAAUUUGUUUGACAUUGCCAGCAGCAAAGGUGUAUUUGUUAUACCAGAUAUUUGUUAUUUAUGCUUUUUAAGAGCCUUAAGCCUUGACAUUUGGUAAUAUGAAACAUCUGGCCUGAGAUGGUGCUGAUGUUUUAUCCAUUAUCCCGUCAAUGUGAAACCUUCUGUUGUAGAAUAGGUACACUCAGCCCCAAUCUUGAAUCGAUCUCUGAACUACCAAUAGAAAUCGUCUGCUUUUUUACCUUUCAGCUGUAACUCGUGCAGUGGAUGAUUUGGUAAAGCAGCACUCCUACUAAGAUGAACAAGGAGAAUGGCUGGUAAUUUGGUUUCACUUAUCCUUGCCUUUGUUGGAGAAGUGCCUCGUUUCACUGAAUUAGGCAUUUUUCUCUCUCUUGCUUAUAAGUUUAAUUUUCAUCAUUUCAGCUUUCAUUCUUUCACCAAAGGCUUGUAUGUUCAUUCAUUACCACUUUAUCAUCUUUAUCAUCAAGAUGUAACAAUGAAGUAUCACUGCUGUUAAAAAAAAAAAAAAAUUAUAUAUGUAUACACACACAUCUGAGAGUAUUACACAAGUGUUUAAUGCCUUUAGCAGAGUGCAUUUAGUUGGAGACUCAUUCUUUGUCUUAAUAGCAAGUGUUCUUUUCUCUUUUUCUAAGUGCUAAAAUGAUAGACCUCUGCAUAUGGACUAAAAGGUGAUUUUCCUGAAAAGUGUAACAGUGGUGAGUCCAGUUUGUCAGCGUUGUCUAUACAUGUAUGUUUGUUUCUCUAAUUUUGGUUUGGUUCUGUAUGAUAGUAUUUUACACAAACCUAUGGAGAGACUUGCAAUACUCCUAUUUAUAAAAUAAAUUCACAGAAUAUUAA